AUGGCAACAUUUUCGUCAAGUGAAAGGAAAUGUCCGCAUUAUGGACGGCGCUGUUAUGUGCUUGCUGAGUGCUGCAAGAAGUGGGUGGGCUGCCGGCUAUGCCACGACACGAUGGUGGGUGACGACCAUGUGAUUGAUCGCUUUGCUAUAAAGAGGAUGCGCUGCAACUUAUGUCAAACUGAACAGCCCUGUGCUCAAAAAUGCAUCCGUUGUCAUGAAACGAUGGCUGUAUACUUUUGUUCCAUCUGCAAUCUGUUUGACGACAAAGGAUGGGAGAAAAAGGUUUUUCAUUGUGCUCAAUGUGGCAUCUGCAGAGUUGGUGGUCGUGAGAACUACUAUCAUUGUACAAAGUGUUGCGGAUGUUAUCCCCAUUCACUCGAGGCCAAGCACAGGUGUCUCGAAGGCUCCAUGCAUCGCGGGUGUCCUAUCUGUCUGGAUGCAACUUUUGACUCACUUGAACAUGUCAAUGUGCUACCAUGUGGUCAUGUCAUGCAUUCGAGCUGCUAUAAAAUCUUCUUGAGGCAUUCCAACACCUUAUGUCCACUUUGUCGGACGUCAAUAUCUGGAAAAAAUUGA